UGGAUGAGUCGAUGAGUACCAGAUGGUGUCUGAUGGUGAUUCUUGUAUGUGCCGCCUUUCUUGCCCUCUCAUCGUCGCUCGUGGCUUGCUCGCCCAUCCGGCGAAUCCUCCAGCCCGCAAAUGAUUCGGAUCUCUCUCAUCCCCUCCCUCCCGGCUGGCGUGAUCCAAGGCGGCUAAGGCUCCUGCAACUCUCUCCGGUCUUCCGUCCCGCUGAUGUAGAUGGCGAGGUCGACAGUCACUGCUGCGACAACAUUCUUCCCUAUACCGAAAUGGAGGAGCUGGUUCGGUGCGAUUCGUGUCAGGAGGAUGCGGCGGCUCUGUUCAAGUGGUCUCGCGAGGCCGGAUUGGUCGACAACGAGACCAAGUCCAUAUUUGAGGACAACCUGUGCGUCGUGUUCUUCAUCACGUGUGUGCGGCUGAGUGAGGCGCUGGCGGACGGCGGUCCCGGGGAGGGCUACAUCAUCUGGCUGUCCAACCACAUGGACACGGAUGUUUAUCUGGUCUUGCAGCAGCGAGGCUGGAAGCCUCUCGUCUUUUCGGGAUCUUUCUAUCGGCUGCGCCAUGUGGUGUGCUUGUCAGCGUAUCAGUUGCCUAUGCAGGGAAGCUUGAGUGAUGAGAUCGCCAAGGUGACUUCGCUUCGUGCUAUCUUCCUGGCCUAUAUGGUGAGUCACAUCUGAGGCAAACAUUCAUUCACACGCAUGCUCGUGCGUAUGUUGCUUUGCAGAACGGCAUGGAAGGGAUUCUUCCAGCUAGAAUUGGCGAGCUGCCUUAUCUCAAGGGCUUGUACCUCUGGGGCAUGAAUACAAUUGGACCUUUCCCAUCGUCCAUCACGAAGCUAUCCCGCCUCGAAGCUCUCGAUAUCGCGGGCACCAAUAUUUCAGGGCCCAUCCCUCAAGAUAUCGGCAGGCUCCGGCGCUUGCGCGUUCUGAGGAUGUGGGCUAACGAGCGGAUGGAGGGCCGCUUUUCGGCCAGUGUUACGUCUUGCCGUAACCUCUCCGAGAUGAGCCUCCUGGCAACGGGCCUUACAGGCCCUCUGCCCGGCGAUCUAGGCGCCCUCUCUCGGUUGGUCGAGCUGGAUCUUACUGGGAAUUCGCUUACCGGGAAACUGCCUGAGUUAUUGGUACAGCUGAGCCGGCUGCAGAAGCUGGUUCUAGUCAAUAAUACCUUUAGUGGCCCACUGCCCAACGGACUUGGCACCAACAUGGACAGCCUAAAAUCGCUCGGUCUCACACACAAUGACGUAAGCCACAACGUGUGGAGACAUGUGUUUAGACCGACACGUGAAUCUAGACUGCUUUUCUCAGUAUUCCGGUCCGCUGCCGUCUUCCCUGGGCAAUGCGAGAAACCUGACGGGACUCUGGAUCGAAAAAACAGGCCUGAGCGGCGUCAUUCCAUCAAAACUAGGGCAGCUGGCUAAGCUUCGCGAGGUGUAUCUUUCUAACAAUCAGGUAAGAACCCGUUAACGGUUUUAUGCCACAUCUUGCCCUGCCCAUGUUUGCUGCUUAUGCAGCUCUUCGGUGACCUCCCGAAUACGCUGAAUGGCUGGAAGUCGGUCGAGCAUCUCAGUUUACAUAACAAUAACCUAAGCGGCACCCUCGAGCCGCUCAGCGCUCUCACGUCGCUCAGGACACUGUGGAUUGGCAACAACUCGGUGAGAACCAUCAUAUAUAACAGGUCGACAAGAGUUUGUAUCUCAUAUGGCUACGUUUCAGUUUGAAGGGUAUGUGCCUAUCGGCUUCCGCGAUUUUGAGAAUCUCACUGAAAUAUCCGCAGCCAACAAUAGGCUGGCCGGUUGGGCCGAUUGGACGGGCGGCAACCUCAGUGUGAGGGAGUAUCACAGCCUUCGUCAGCUAUACAUGUCAUCCAACCGAAUCAAUGGCACUCUGAAACCUUUAAGCCAUCUCAUAUCACUCAGAACACUGUUGAUAAACAACAACUUGGUGAGACCAGACAACGACAAAGAGACGUAUGACAUAGAACACUACGAGUUGCUGUGUCAUCGUGCUUUGUAUUGCAGCUGUCAGGGUCGAUACCAGCUGAGCUUGGCCAGCUGACCGAGCUCCGGAAAGUGUACCUUCAUGACAAUCAGGUACAAAACCUAAAUACAUGACUUCGUGUUCUCCAUUUUUUUCUGUGCAGCUUUCCGGUACGCUGCCGGACACAUUGAGUGGCUGGAAGUCGGUCGAGUAUCUCGCUAUUGAUCACAACAAUUUUUCUGGCACCCUCGAGCCGCUCAGCACCCUCACGUCCCUCAGGCAACUGUGGGUUUCCGACAACUGGGUGAGGGCCAUGAAUUAUAAUUGGCAGUGAGCUGGUGAAAGCUUGUGCGUGCUGUGGCUAUGUUUUAGUUUGAGGGCUACCUGCCUGCCGGCAAGUUUGAGAAUCUCAGUGAAAUCCACGCAGCCAACAACCGGUACGCUUCACGCUACACAGACGCUGACGCAUGGGCCUGUGAAUUGAUCGGCAGGUUGGUCGGUUUGGUAGAGGAGCAUAGCCUUCAUGGCGCGUCGUAUGAGAGCCUUCAGUUGUUGCGUCUGCCUUCCAAUCGUCUCAACGGGUCCGUGAACUUAUCUGUCUUCCCCAAGCUUGAGGAAGCCUAUCUUGGGAGUAAUCUCAUUACGGGGCUCACCGGCAACCUCCCACAGUUGUCAGUGAGAGACAAAUUCCGCUCACACAAAGGAAAUGCCAGAUGUGCUGUGACUGUGACUGGUGUUUUGGGUGUCAGGUUGCAGUCUUUGAACUUGCGCAACAACCUGCUAACCACCUUGCCGCAAGGCUUCCGCUCAAUGCCCAACCUGAAGAGACUAUACCUCGCCAACAAUCGCAUUAGCCAGUGGCCCAAGUGGGGCUCUACACCGGAAGGCGUCUGCCACACACAGGAAGGGCUAAGUGAGCUGAGACAAGAUACACGCACACACACACGCACACACACAUGCAGCUCAGGGUUUGUAUGUGUUCAUUGUGUGAAUCUGUGUGAGAGAAGAUUGGGGAGAGUGGAAUAUGUCCAGUUUGCUGUCUGCCGUGGAUCCGCCUGACUGGAACAGCCUGUAUGAAUUAGACGUCUCCAACAAUCCGAUCAUGACAGACGUGACUGACUUCCUCAUGCCCCUUAAAUGGCAGGACAAGUAAGUGAAAUCCAAUGGCUUUCUAUCAUUCGUUUUCAGAUCCGUCUCUUUGUGUGCGUGACAGUUUGAUGGCGCUGGAUGCAUCAAACUGCAGUCUUCACGGUGCGAUGCGUUGUGAGGCUUUCCUGGUGUUCCCCCGUAGAAUGCUGAAUCAAUCCGCAUAUGUAAUCUAUCAUUCACAUACACAGGCACACGCAUAAAACAUCACUCUUUUCUGCGUGUGCACAGAUUGAGGACCUGUUUCUAGUAAAGACUGCAUUUUAUCAGCUGGGAUCCAUCUCUUUGAAGGACAACAAUAUCACCGCCAUCGAGACAUUUCAGGCGUUUUACGCGUCCGACUCAUCGCUCUACCACGUCGACUUCCGCAACAACUCACUAAUAAGAGUGGGAAGGCUCGACUCUGUCUUGUUUUCAUCCGACUACGCAAGAUUCACACAGAACCCGGACUUGAAAAGAACGCAAACCGGGGUAUGUGUCAGCGAUACACCCAUUGAGGUGAGACAAAGACGAGCGGAGCGCUUAUAUACGUGUUGGUGGCCGAUAUAUAUGUAUUUCUCUGUGUGUUGUGGGGGUAUGUAUGUGAUUUAGAAGUGUCAGGAUUUCCGUCGAUCCAGCAGUACGCAUCACGCCUUCAGCCGAUGUCCAGCAUUGACUGCAUACGACAAGCCACAGGUGACGCCACUACUGCCUGACCCGCAAGGUACGACAGGGUUCUCCUUGCAGUGUAGUGCACAUCAUUGCGCUCAUACACAUGGUUGGUGCAGGAUAUGUCGUGCAGAGGUUGGACAAUGGUGAGGAGCGCUUUGAGUGCACGGAGUUCUGCUCCGUAUUCAACAGACUUGAGGUACGGAGAAUAACACAAAUGCACAGCACUCUCCGCGUACUGUGCUCACUCGCCACUGCUCGCACAGGUCGACUACACCUUCGACUCGGAUGCCCUGUGUCGGUGUCUGCCUGGAUAUGAGGGCAUUGGCAUCAACUGCACCAAGUGCCCACCUGGCACAUACAGCAAUAGACAAAACGGCACACAAAGGUGCAAACAAUGCCCUGAUGAUGCAGGUCAGACGCAACAGUCAUAUGACAGUAAGCUGAGCCCUUGCGAUUUUCGUUGUUGGUCUGUUUGUGUGUCAGCAGGUUCUGAUGAGGGUUUAGGUGCGUGCUAUUGCCAUCUUGGCCACCAGCGCGGCGAGGAGCCGUGCGAGCCGUGCAUCGCUGGGUCAGUUGGCGUGCGCAAGAUUGGUAGUGGCGGCAGUCGCAGCACGUGGAUCUGCCAAGAUUGUUUGCCUGGAUUGAACUGCUCUGUUCCCAUCAACUAUAAUGCGAGUGUGCUGCCGGGAUUCUUCCAGCUCACUGUCCAGCUGCAAUCUGACGAUUCAUCUCACAACGCCACACGGGAAGUGACAACGUAAGAUAAGCGUUUUGUCAGGAGCCGUGUGUGAGAGUGGCAAUGUUUUGGUGUGUCUCAGAUAUGCCGCUGGGUUGACCCUCUUGCCAAUAGCCAUGCAGUGUCCAUUGGCAUCGGCCUGCAAAGGCACCAACAAAACGGAUGGGCUCAACACAUGCUUGGUAAGUAUGCGUCAUCUCUGAGUGGAGCUAUUCUGGUGUGGUCCUUUACACUCUUGCCUUGUCUGUGUCAGGAAGGACAUGAGGGUUUUGUAUGCUCUCGGUGGAAGGCGGGCUUUUCGCGUCAUACGCCCCAGCAGCCGUGCGCCCGAUGUGUCUCACUAUGGCAGAUUAUCCUCUUCAACGUGUUAUUCGUGGUUGCCACUCUGAUAGCCAUCUUUAUACUCACGGCACUCGCAGAAAGGUCAGCACUCAGCGAUGCACCUGUCACAAAAGUCCGCUGAUCGAUCGAUCUCUGUGUUGUGUAUGUGUGUGUGUGUGUGUUUCCUCAGGGCUUCGUCGUCUCCGCGCGCUGAGAUCCCCUCUCAGCUGAUCAAAAUUGGACUCUCGCACAUCACCGCUGUGCGUGAAGAGACGCACAGACACACACACUCACCUCUCAUUGUCUCCUUGCUGUCACUGUGUGUAUGCAGGUGUGUGGUCUGGCCUUUCUCGUGUUUGACGAGUCCCUCUGGGGCAACCAGAUAUCCUCACUGGUCGGCAGCUUCUUCGCCUGGAACUGCGGCGUUCCUCAGUCGUAUCAAGUGUGGGAAUGUCUGUUGAGGCCAUAUGUGGGCGAUAAAUGCGUGCUGUACCGACACGCCAUGUGGCUGGCUUUGCCACUCGUCUGGCUGACCGCUGCGCCACUGAUUGGUGAGCAAACACAACUACUGUAGUCUGCAGGCUAUGCAUUGUGGUCGUUUCUGCCCUGUCGUUUCAUGGCUGCAGCGAGUGGAUUUGACAAAGCGCGUGAUGCCUUCAAGUCGAGGCGGCGCAUUGGCAGUGACGAGUCGACCUCAUUCGCGACCAUCGACAGCUACUUCCGAGCCCUGUCAGCGCCUGCAUCUGUGAUCACUGGCAAGGCGGACAAGGCUGCGGCACACGGGCCUCACCACCGAUUGGUCACAUUUCAGGAAGACAUUCGGACCGAACCAGUGACGCCUCCGUCCUGCCAGCAUUCGUCAGCGGAGCCCUGCAAGAGCGGCCGAUGGCGGCAGUGGCUGGACAGCCGGGGAGGCAUGAUGGUUGUGAUCCUCACAUUUAUCCACCCAACCGUGACCAAGAGCAUGCUGGCCCUCUUGCGCUGCCGGCCUUACCCCUAUGUGGACGCGAUUAUCCCUAUCGCCUCAGGAGAGAGUGUCAGCCUACUCUCACCCAAUCCGAUGGAUGACACGCGGCCUGGGAUGGAUCUCGAUUCCCGUGUCAUCUGCCGAUCGGGCGAGCAUGCCCCUUUCUUGUGGAUUGCCGUGGCUGGUCUCUUAUUGUGGACCUUCGCCCCAGUGGUAUGCGGCGUGGCAUUCCUAUGGCGGUACAGAGACAGCCUGGACGACCACCACACGCGUAGAAGGGUGGGCUUCCUGUAUGUCGGGUAUCGCAAAAGCUUCUACUAUUGGGAUUUCGUGCUGGCCAUGAGGCGCGUAUUGGUGUUGUUGAUAGCACAGCAAGCGACGGCGCAGCCCCGCCAGCAGCUGCUGGGAUGGACUGUGGUCGCCAGUGUGUGUCUGGCGCUGCAAUUCGCUAUUUGGCCGUUCGACCGGGGCAGCAUGGACAUACUCAAUCAGUCUGAGCUGCGUGGGCUGCUGGUGUGGCUCAGGUCGCUGUUCAGCAUGCACUUCGUCGUCAUGCUGCCCGAGGGGACCUCUCUUGUGCUGACGAUCGGCUUCGUGCUGGUGGUGAUUGCGGCCAAUCUGGUGCACUACAUCAUGCUGGUGGCGCAGAUAUGUCGGUAUGGUCUGCUGCAUGCCACAAAUACACGGCACUCGGUGACCGCAAGAAGGCUAUCGGUGAGCAGCGGAGCAACACAGAAUGACCAUCUUUGUUUACCUGCCUGCUGGUGUCGUCUCAUAUCGUUUCAUUUAGCCCGUUUGCUGGCUGGUUGUUUGACGGGCCCUCUGGUGUCGUGGCUCAUCAACAGAGAGGAAGACAAACGGCGCGUCUCGCCCAAGGUCUUCUAUGACUGGUCCACCGCGGCCCUCUCUGCCGACGGCCCCCCCACUGCGUCAUGGCGGUGCCUUCCCUCUUUUGGCCGGCCGGUGCAUCGUGUGGUGACGGCCAUGCAGCUGACGUCAGCCGCCGUGCAGGACGCCAUUGAGGCACUCAAACUCACACACGUGCCCAGCGACUUGUAAGCACACGAACCGGUGAGGGCUCGUUUAAUCCUUCUGCUGUCUAUGUGUGUGUAUGUUGGUUUGUUCAGCCACGAGUUUCUGUGGAGCCACGCUUUCCUGGUGCAGAGCCUGCGACAGAAGCGAGUAGAGACGCGCAGCCGAUGGCGAGGCCAUGUGGUUGUCCAUUUGCCCAGACCUGACGACCGCACAGUCACGGUAAGUAAGGCGAAGGAGAGAGGACCCCCGUGUGUGUGGUCGACCAACCCGCGUGGGUGUCCAGGGUCUGAGGCACAUGAAGACGAGCGACCUCUCCAAUGUGUUUCGCAUUCAACGCUCUAGCGACGGUUGGUUUACUGCCUCCGCAGUGACACGCACCACACCUAUCGGCUCAUGGUGUGAAUUGAUUUUGAUGUGUGCAGUGUCGACGCAAUUGGAGGCCGGCAAGACGUCCAACGAUGAACCAAGUGGCCAGCCGGAGCUCUCAGACGUGUCGUCGGGCAUCACAUUGCACGACCUACAGGCCAACUUGUGCUAUGUGGUGGACGAGCUCGGCAGCAGAGAGCAGAUGCACCAGGCGGCUUUAAGGCGGACGGCCGACAGCAGCGAUCUGGAGAACGCCGACACCGAGGUCCCGACAGACCAACAGCCGCACACUGGCGGAUGGCGGGGGCUCUAUGAGGCGUUCCGCAAGGCCAAACGAACACUCAUCGAGGAGGGCAGCCCACCGGUCAGUGUGAGACAGUCACGUUUGGUGCUCGUGUGUGUCUGUGCAUUUGGUCCCCUGUGUUGUUUGUUCUGCUUCCUGCAGGAUGCCAUCCCGGAGGUUCUCGCGAGCUUCGCACCCACUGUGGCCACAGUGGUGGAGCCGCCAUGUGGCGAUGCAGAGGAUGUGCCGAUGAGUGGUGAGUCGUCGCCCGUCAGCUCGACCCAAUCGCGGCACAGCGACGCUCACACCUCCGCCCUGACGCCCCCCUGCAACCUAAUGCGAGUCGAUUGGCAUCGGCUGAGCAGUGACGAGAAGGACAGCGUGGCAUUGUCUGUGUCAGCCGAGGCCGUCUAUGAUGCCUGCAGUGGCCUUUCUGCAUCGUGUUCAGCCAACAGUGACGAUUGAUGAUGUUUGUCUCCGCCAGAAACGUCGUAGUCGACGUGUCUACUAUAGCUGAGUCAAUGGCCAUGGGCACCCGACGGCUUUUUUCAUGCUGUGAGUGUGUGAGGGCGCAUUCCUUUUCGUCGGUCGAGGGCAAUCAAUACACUCGAUCUGCGCAUGUAUAUACAUCGUCGCAUCGAUCGAUCGGGUGUUGUGUAGUGUGAGUCACUUUGGCCGCAUUGUUUUGACUGGCUUGGUCGCCUGGAGGCCUUACUUAGGUGCAUACAGUCACUCAUUUGUAUGGCAGGGGAGAGAGAGAGUCGCAUGUGCGUCGUGACCGUGAUGCGACUCUUAACGGUGUGGAAUCCAACCGAGGCAACGCAGCGAUUGAACAUC